AUGAACACUCAAAAUGAACCUAAAAUAAAAUAAAUAGGGGAUUACAUUUUUGAUUUUAAUAAAGAAAUUGGAUCUGGAUAUUCCUCAAAAGUAUAUUUGGGAGAACACAUAAAUACUAAAUAAAAAGUGGCUAUUAAAAUUAUUAGUUCUCAAACAUAUACCACUCCAAUUUAAAAAUCCUUGUUAAAAAAUGAAAUAUCCAUACUCCUUAGAAUUGAUCAUCAACAUUUAAUGAAGGUAUAUGAAGUUAGUCAAAGUUCCAAUAAUACAUACAUAGUAACUGAAUUUUGUAACGAAGGCAAUUUGGAACAGCAGAUGAAAAAAACUGAAUUCUCAGUCCCUAGAGUCUUAUCAAUUUUAAGAUAGAUCUCUUUGGGAAUACAGGCUCUACAUUAAAAAAGUAACAAAAAUAAUUUUACUUUAGAAAUCAUACAUAGAGACUUGAAACCAGCCAAUAUAUUAAUCCAUGACAAUAUAUAUAAAUUAGCUGACUUUGGAUUUGCUUUAAUUGAAGAUCAAUUUGAAAGCAUUAUCAAGAAAUUCAAUGUAGGCACUCCUCUUUACAUGGCUCCAGAAAUUCUAUCUAAUAAUCAAUAUUCUGAAAAGAGUGAUAUAUGGGCUUUAGGGAUUAUGUCAUAUGAAUUGAUUUUUAAUAGUAUACCACCAUACAAAGCCGAUAUAAGAAUUUUUCAUGAUGACAUACUAAAAAAAUGUCAAAAAUUAGAUCUCUAAUAUUAAGGUGUAGUUAAAUAAUUACUGUUUGGAAUGUUACAAAUAGAACCAAAUGCAAGAGAGAAUAUUAAUUAGAUUAUAUCAUAUCUAUCACAAAAAGAACUAGAAAAUGUAUCACCAAGAAUACAAUAACCAUUCAUUAAAUUAUCAUAUAAUUUUGUUCAAUCCAAUCCAAAUUCUCCAUUAUCAACACCAAAAUAAUAGCCAACUAUGUAAAGUUAAAGAUAAAAGUAUUAGAAAAAGGUUUAAUCUCAUAAUAAAGCUUAAACAUUUGAAUCAAUAAAAUUUCUAAGCCCAAAUAAGUUGUUAGAAGAAAAAAUUAAAUUUAAUCUUGUAUCUGAUUUUAAUUUAAAUGAAGAUCAUCCAAAAUUAAUCUCUCAUACUUCAUCUAAGAAACUUAAUAAUGAUAAUCAUGAAUAAAUGGGUUAAUGUUCUACUUAAUGUUCAUUUUCUACCAAUAAUAAUAAUAAUAAUAAUAAUAAUAUUAUUAAAAAUAAUGAAAAAUAAAAAAAAUUAAGAUUUAAAAUAUAAUAAUCAUAAUUACCAGCAAUAGUUUUACCAACUUAUAAUUUUUGUAUAUAUUUAGAAAAUAUAAUUAAAUCUAUGGAUUGUUCUACUGAAUAAAAAUAAAAAUGUAAUUUUCUAUUUAGAAAAUUAUUGGCUAUUAAAGCAAAAGCUUUUUAUUCUUUUGCACCUUAAACAAUAAAAGAAUAAUUAAAUCAAUGGAUUAAUUAAUUAAAUAAUUAUUAUGAUAAAGUUUAAUAUAUUCUAAAUUUUACAAUGGAUAACACUUUUUAAAUCUUCUUUAACACUUUAUUAGAAGAUUAAGGUAAAUUAUUGAGUAUGUAUUUGGUAAGUUUAUUGAAUUAAAUAAUUAUAAAAGAAUAAAAUUCAGAUUUCGAUACUUUGAUUGAUAUUCUUUAAGACAAUAUUAAACAUUAAAAUGAUCCAUUUCUAUUUGCAAGAAAAUGGGUACAUAAUCAAUAAUCAUGA